UUUUUAAAAGUCAAUUGGAAAUUAGACAGUUUCAAUAAUGGUACAACAUUUCAUAAUAAAAAAAUAAAAAACCAAGAAGGUCCGACUAGGAAGGACAACUGGUCCUUCCAUCUAUUCAAAUUACACAUUAAUAAACAUGUCAUUAAAUUAAAUUGGGACCUGCAAGACUCUAAUCCCUUUCGCUUUCAUCUACAUGUCUAAGAUCAUGUGCGGAUUGGGUCUCCAAAUGGAUGCCCCUGGUCCCAAGUCCCAGUCCAAGUUCAGUUUCACAGUCCAAGAAACCCAGUGGUUUAAAAGGCGAUGGUUUUCCAGUAUAGGGAGAAUGGAAACUAAUGGUAGCAAUUCUAAUUCUCAAGAAAAUCAACCUUCAGAUGCUUCAAAUAUUGCUAGUAGAGGGAAGCUUAAUGAGAAAGAAGUCUUUGUUAAUAAUGCUGAGAUAGCUUGGCAUGAGAAAAGAAGAGAAUGGAUCGGUGAUCAGUCUCAGAAAUCGCAAAGAGCACCAAGAGAACCAAUUAUGAGCUGGACAACAACGUAUGAGGAUCUUCUUUCAUCUACUGAACCUUUUCAGGAGCCAAUACCUUUAGCUGAAAUGGUGGAUUUUUUAGUUGAUAUCUGGCAAGAAGAAGGCCUCUAUGACUAAUUCCUUGUCCCUUCCAUUAAUACAAGGUUUUUGGUUUUUUUGGUUCGAUUCCUAGUGAUAUCGGUAGUUGAAUCCAUCUGAUUCCAAAUGUUAUUGUCCAAGCAAAGGCUCAUAUAACAUAUCAGUAUCGCAUCAUAAAUUUUUCUUACCAAUUAUUUAGACCCAACGUGGAAUUUAGUUUUAGAAGUCUAAAUAGAGAUCUUGUUUUGUUUUACGCACAAGUUUACCUUUCUCGCUUUGCUCUCCAUGCUCGUAGUAGUCAUUGUAAGAUUAGGAAAGCAGCCAUAAAAUCUUGGGUGUAACCGGUGUUUUAUCACUCACUUUCAAUCCGUCAUAUCACAUGAUGUGGGAGAUAGAUAGAGGGUGGUAAGUCAUUGAUUAUACGGUGGAAUCUCUCCUAUUAGAGGAUUGUUACU